UUUAAAAUGACUUCAUGGUUGUUAACAACUUUCUUUUGGGUUAAAUAAUUUCCACAAGCUUUUGCCUUUGGUGGGUUCCAAUGAGGCAAUGACCUGCAAUAGGAGACAUUAUUGGAUCUCUUAUUGUUUCCAGUCACAGUCUCACAUUCAGUCUUCUUCGUCUCCUCCCUUCAUUGCUUCUGUCUGGAAAUCAGUUGCAGGUUUUCAAUGGCCUCCUCUUCAUCAUCGUCAACUCGCAGCUGGAAGUAUGAUGUGUUUUUGAGUUUCAGGGGUACUGACACUCGCAAAGGGAUUGCAAACGAGAUCUGCAAUCGACUUAGUAGUAGAGGAAUCAAAACGUUCAUGGAUGAGCAAGGACUUGAAGUAGGGGAUGUUAUUUCACCCACCCUCAUAGAGGCAAUUAAAGAGUCAAGGUUAGCAAUCGUAAUUCUCUCGCAAAAUUACGCUUCUUCUGCUUGGUGUUUGGAGGAACUUCGAGAGAUUUGUCUAUCCAUGGAAGACAACAGAAUUUUGCCACUUUUUUAUCAUGUUGAUCCUACUAAUGUUCGACAUCAGACGGGAAGUUUCAGAGAUGCUUUGUCUAAGCACGAAACCUCUCAGCGACAUGAAUCAGAGAAGAUGAAUCAAUGGAGGGCUGCCUUAAGCAAAGUGGCCAAUAUCUCAGGGUGGAAUACAAAUGAUUUCAAGAGUCACAGUGAACUUGUGGACAAGAUUGUGGAAUCUCUCCGCAGUAAAGUAUCACUUGAUCCAAUUGAAUCCACAGGAAAUUUCCAAGCAUAUGAAGCAACAAAAGAAGCCAUGCGCAAGGUUAUGGAGGCGCUAACAGAUGACAAGAUUACUGUCAUUGGUGUCCACGGCAUGGGCGGCGUUGGGAAGACAAGCAUGGUGAGACAUGUAGCUGCACAAGCCAGUAAAAAUGGUACUUUUAACCAUUGGAUUAUUGCUGUCGUAUCCCAAAACCUUGACUUGAAAAUAGUUCAAGGUACAUUGGCAGAUUCGUUGGGCUUUAAAUUCGUGGAGGAGACACAAGCUGGAAGAGCUGAUAGGUUGCAUAAGGAGCUAAUGGGAAAAGAAAAGCUCCUUAUAAUCUUGGACGAUGUAUGGGAUAAAAUAAAGUUGUCAAAGAUUGGGAUCCCUGACUACAAAGAGCUUCAAACAUGCAAUUCCAAAGUCCUACUCACCACAAGGAGAUUGAGUGUCUGUAAUGCCAUGGAGUGCCAUGAAAAAAUCGCCCUCAACAUUCUAUCAAAAGAAGAUUCUUGGGCCUUGUUUGUGAGAAAUGUAGGAACAAUUUCUUUUGAGUCCACCUCGUUUAAGGAAGUGGCAUGGAGGGUAGCUGGAGAGUGUAAGGGUCUACCGAUUGCAUUGAAAGUUGUUGGAAGGGCACUCAGAGGUGAGGACCAGGAGGAAUGGGAGAAGGCAGCUAAACGACUAGAGCAAUCGAAAUAUGUCAAUCCCAGCCAUGAGGAAGAUGAGGAAAACGCAUUCCAAUGUAUAAGAUUAAGCUAUAAUUACUUGAAAGAUGGGGAUUCCAAGUCAUGCUUCUUGCUUUGUUGCCUGUUCCCAGAAGACGAUGACAUCGAAAUAGAAGACUUGUUCCGGUACACGAUCGGAAAAAGAUUGUUUCGAGAUGCCGAUACAAUGGAAGAAGCCAGAGGAAUAGUAGUUACAGUGGUCAAGUACUUGAAAAAUUCUGGCUUGCUUUUGGAUAGCGAGAAAAAAGGAUGUGUAAAGAUGCAUGAUGUCAUCCGAGAUACAGCCCUGAAUAUUGCACAAUCUGAAGAUGGGCAUCGGUUUUUUGUGAAAGCUGGCUGUGGUUUAAAGGCUUGGCCACCACGCGGAUUACAUCAAGGCUGCACUGCUAUUUCACUAAUGAGGAACGAAAUUCGCAAGCCACCCGAAGCGUUGAUAUGUCCAAAUCUCCAGAUUUUAUUACUAAACGGGAAUGCUGAACUAAGUGAGAUCCCAGAAAAGUUGAUCCAGAAUCUGAAAGAGUUAAGGGUCUUGGAUCUUAGCAACACUGGUAUUUCCGUAUUACCCCAAUCAUUUAGUCUCCUCACAAACCUCCAAGCUUUGUAUUUAGAUCAUUGCCGCAAAUUAAUUGACAUUUCCAUAGUGGGGAAACUUAAGAAGCUUGAAAUUCUUAGUAUGAGAGACUGUCCCAAGGGGCAAUUGUCUAGAGAAAUAGAACAGUUGACCAAUCUAAGGAUUUUGGAUGUCAAUCGCACUUGGGCAGCGGGUGGUAUGGUUACAAUUCCCUCUAAAGUGAUACCAAAGUUGCAUAAAUUAGAAGAAUUGUAUAUGGUGUACUGUGGAUUUGAGGAUGGGUGGUAUGUAGCUGAGGGACCAAGAGAAAGAACCAAUAUUAUUAGGUUUGAUGAGUUAGCUGGUUUAUCAAAUUUGAAUAAAUUGCAGCUUGGCUUAUCCGAUGAAAGUUUCAUCCCUAAAAAUGUUGAGGUCGCACCAGAUUGGGAUUACUUUUGUAUAAUUAUCUACGGCAGAUGCACCAGCUCUAUAUUCAGAGAAGAAGAUCGUAAUUCAAGAUUCUUGUUUCUUAGUGGAGCAACCAUUAGUACCUUGCCUGAUUGGUUUAUCAAAGCGGUGACAGAGAAAACAGAGAAGCUAGAGUAUUACUGCUGCGGAGGGAUGAGUGACAUUGUUAUGGAAUAUGACCACGGGAGGUUACAUAAACUCAAGCAUCUCACAGUUGCUAGGCAACAUGACGAGUUGAAAGAGUUGAUGAACACAACAAGACGAGUUGAAACAGGACCAGUGUUUGAGAAUUUGGAAGAGUUGCAUCUGAUAGAACUGAUCCACCUGGAGGAGUUGUGUGUUGGUGAGCUACCACCUCGGUCUCUCUCAAAUCUCAAGGUGUUUAAUGUGUUUUUAGGUGAGAGUUUGAAGAGUGUAUCAGAAUUUGUACAGAGACUACCAAAUCUGGAGAAACUAGAUUUAAACUAUACGCCCAAAUUAGAAUAUGUGUUCAGAUGCGAAGGGUUCGAGCCAGAACAGUCAAAACUGAGAGAGAUGCAUUUGUUGGGUCCAAAUUCAGUGAAGAGCAUUUGUAGUGGUCCUGCCCCACGUGCAAUGUUCCAGAGUCUUAAGAUUUUGACCAUUUACAGUUGUGAUCUGCUGCAAAGUCUGUUCGCAUCUGAUGUAGCUCAGUGUCUUGUUCAAUUGGAAGACAUUCUUGUAGAGGAUUGCCCUUUGUUGGAAAGAGUAAUGGAAGCAGUGAACAAGGAGAAGACGGUUCUACCAAAACUGAAGAACUUGGUUUUGAGGCAUCUUCCUAUUUUGUAUGGUGCAAUUGCUGCUGUUGAUAUUGAGUGUCCUUCAUUGGAACACUUGAUGGUGGUGUAUUGCCCCAAGCUUUUAUUUUCAACCUCUUCCGAUCUUUUCGAAGCCUUCAAAAGCAGAAACCAAUUUUCAUUUUCAGCCUCCACUUCUGACCCAGUCCAACUCAAUGAUCCACAACUAUACCAAACUCUACAUUGCAGAACAUCUGGUUUCUGAUCGUGAAGUCUCUAGCUCAGCUUCUGACUUCCAUUGCAAGAAGUAACCAAGUUCAACUCUAUUUCUUUGUCCAGGGUUGGUCAACUAGCUGAGGCUGCAAAUCCAAUUGAGAAGUUUUGCUGGAUUGUGACUUCCAAAACAGCCAAAGAGAUUGUAACAGCCAUUCUUGGAACCUUGGAGAGUGUAGAGAUCAGUUGAUAUACUCGACCAUGCUGUAAUUUGAUUCUUGCUACUAGUAUUUAGUAAAAAAAAAAAAAUUGUUAAAAAAAUUCAAGAAUACUAUCCUUGAAGGUGUUUCUUAUGUCUUUCCCAACAGUAGUACCGGUACU